AUGGCCGACGAGAGCAAAGCUGAGAUUCCGGCGAAGCACGAUUUGAAUGAGAAGUGGGACGACUGCCUCGAUUUAGUUCUCCGUCGCUUUUCGUGUUCUUCGAUCGCCGGCGGUUUCACUGGAAUUCUUUUCUUCCGUGAGUGUUUAUAUCUUCAUAUCCUCAACCCACUAAGUGCUUCUUUGGUGGUGAUAAUUUUGGCCUAUGUUAUUGGUACCUCCACAAAGGUUGACAUUUCUGGAGUAAAUGUGGACAAGUUUGACGACAAGUAUUUCGCCAAACAGAACGAGAAAAAGAAAAAGAAGGGAGAAACUGAGUUUUUUGAAGCUGAUAAACAGGAAAAGAAUGAACUCCCAGCAGAGAAGAAAGAAGAUCAGAAAGCUGUUGAUGCACCUUUGCUAAAGGCGGUCGAGGUUGUUCCUGAUUUGAAAACCUAUUUGGGUGCAAGAUUUUCCCUCAAGUCUGGAAUGAAGCCCCAUGAAUUAGUCUUCUAA